CGAGAGCGCCUGUCCCGCCCCGCGGGGCGACUUCUCCCUUUCGGCCCUGAGGUUCAGGAUCCUGGGUGGGGCAGCUGCGUCUCCGAGACAGCCCCAGCCGCAGAGCGCCCAGACCCCGGCCGCCGGAGUCGAGUCAGAAGUCCACGCCGCCAGCUCCGCCGCCGCACCUGAGCCCCGGCUCCGGUCACGCCGCUGCGCCGGAAGCGCGGGCGGAGCGCACGGGCCGGGGGAGAGUAGCCUGCGCCCACGAGGGGGACCCAAGUCCCCAAGGUGGUGACCGAGUCCCGCCUCCCGCUAGCAGGGGCGAGGACCUCCGACGCGCACCCCUCCGCCCACGCACCCUGCCCGGCCGGAUCUCCUCAGCACCAGCCCCACGCACACCCGACUUCCUCAGCUUCUAGCCCUCACCCUGCCAACUUCCCUGCGAGGAGGAACCUGCCGCCAGCCUGCUUUCUCGCCCACAGGCCCUGCGCUGAACGCCGCUGCGCCCAGGGUUCACCUUACGCCGUCUGGAAAGCCCAUGAACUCUCCAGAAACAGCAUAAAGGAGGGUCCCGCCGCGGGUUCCCUCUGGGUGGAGCAGCGGCAGCAGAGCUGGGGAAGUGGUGGAGGAUGAUCUUGCGACCGAAGGGGACCUCGGCGCAGUAAUGUCAACAUGAUGUUUCGCUCAGAUCGAAUGUGGAGCUGCCAUUGGAAAUGGAAGCCCAGUCUUCUCCUGUUUUUAUUUGCUUUAUAUAUCAUGUGUCUUCCUCACUCAGUGUGGGGAUGUGCCAACUGCCGAGUGGUUUUGUCCAACCCUUCUGGGACCUUUACUUCUCCAUGCUACCCUAACGACUACCCGAACAGCCAGGCUUGCAUGUGGACGCUCCGAGCCCCCACCGGUUAUAUCAUUCAGAUAACAUUUAACGACUUCGAUAUUGAAGAAGCUCCCAAUUGCAUUUAUGACUCAUUAUCCCUUGAUAAUGGAGAGAGCCAGACUAAAUUUUGUGGAGCAACUGCCAAAGGCCUAUCAUUUAACUCAAGUGCGAAUGAGAUGCAUGUGUCCUUUUCAAGUGACUUUAGCAUCCAGAAGAAAGGUUUCAAUGCCAGCUACAUCAGAGUUGCUGUGUCCUUAAGGAAUCAAAAGGUCAUUUUACCCCAGACAUCAGAUGCUUACCAGGUAUCUGUUGCAAAAAGUGUCUCCAUUCCAGAGCUCAGUGCUUUCACACUCUGCUUUGAGGCAACCAAAGUUGGCCAUGAAGACAAUGAUUGGACAGCUUUCUCCUACUCAAAUGCAUCCUUCACACAAUUGCUCAGUUUUGGAAAGGCCAAGAGUGGUUACUUUCUAUCCAUUUCUGAUUCAAAAUGUUUGCUGAACAAUGCAUUACCUGUCAAGGAAAAAGAAGACAUUUUUGCAGAAAGCUUUGAGCAGCUCUGCCUUGUUUGGAAUAAUUCUUUGGGCUCUAUUGGUGUAAAUUUCAAAAGAAACUAUGAAACAGUUCCAUGUGAUUCUACCAUUAGUAAAGUUAUUCCUGGGAAUGGGAAAUUGUUGUUGGGCUCCAAUCAAAAUGAAAUUGUCUCUCUAAAAGGGGACAUUUAUAACUUUCGACUUUGGAAUUUUACCAUGAAUGCCAAAAUCCUCUCCAAUCUCAGCUGUAACAUGAAAGGGAAUGUAGUCGACUGGCAAAAUGACUUCUGGAAUAUCCCAAACCUAGCUCUGAAAGCUGAAAGCAACCUAAGCUGUGGUUCCUACCUGAUCCCGCUCCCGGCAGCAGAACUGGCCAGCUGUGCAGACCUGGGGACCCUCUGUCAAGAUGGAAUUAUCUAUAGAAUAUCCGUAGUGAUUCAAAACAUCCUUCGUCACCCUGAGGUAAAAGUACAGAGCAAGGUGGCAGAAUGGCUCAAUUCAACCUUCGAAAAUUGGAACUACACGGUUUAUGUCAUUAAUAUCAGUUUUCACCUGAGUGGUGGAGAGGACAAGAUUAAAGUCAAGAGAAGCGUUGAGAAUGAGCCAAGGUUGGUGCUUUGGGCCCUUCUAGUUUACAAUGCUACCAAUAAUACUAAUUUAGAAGGAAAAAUCAUUCAGCAGAAGCUCCUAAAAAAUAAUGAGUCCUUGGAUGAAGGCUUGAGGCUACAUACAGUGAAUGUGAGACAACUGGGUCACUGUCUUGCUGUGGAGGAACCCAAAGGCUACUACUGGCCAUCUAUCCAACCUUCUGAAUACAUUCUUCCUUGUCCAGACAAGCCUGACUUUUCUGCUUCGCGGAUAUGUUAUUACAAUGCUACCAACCCAACGGUAACCUACUGGGGACCUCCUGAUAUCUCCAACUGUUCAAAAGCAAAUGAAGUUGCUAACCAGAUUUUAAAUUUAACUGCUGAUGGGCAGAACUUAACCUCAGCCAAUAUUACCAACAUUGUGGAACAGGUCAAAAGAAUUGUGAAUAAAGAAGAAAACAUUGAUAUAACACUUGGCUCAACUCUAAUGAAUAUAUUUUCUAAUAUCUUAAGCAGUUCAGACAGUGACUUGCUUGAGUCUUCUUCUGAAGCUUUAAAAACAAUUGAUGAAUUGGCCUUCAAGAUAGACCUAAAUAGCACAUCACAUGUGAAUAUUACAACUCGGAACUUGGCUCUUGGCGUGUCAUCCCUGUUACCAGGGACAAAUGCAAUUUCAAAUUUUAGCAUUGGUCUUCCAAGCAAUAAUGAAUCAUAUUUCCAGAUGGAUUUUGAGAGUGGACAAGUGGAUCCACUGGCGUCUGUAAUUUUGCCUCCAAACUUACUUGAGAAUUUAAGUCAAGAAGAUUCUGUAUUAGUCAGAAGAGCACAGUUUACUUUCUUCAACAAAACUGGACUUUUCCAGGAUGUAGGACCCCAAAGAAAAACCUUAGUGAGUUAUGUGAUGGCGUGCAGUAUUGGAAACAUUACUAUCCAGAAUCUGAAGGAUCCUGUUCAAAUAAAAAUCAAACAUACAAGAACUCAGGAAGUGCAUCAUCCCAUCUGUGCCUUCUGGGAUCUGAACAAAAACAAAAGUUUUGGAGGAUGGAACACGUCAGGAUGUGUUGCACACAGAGAUUCAGAUGCAAGUGAGACGGUCUGUCUGUGUAACCACUUCACACAUUUUGGAGUUCUGAUGGACCUUCCAAGAAGUGCCUCACAGUUAGAUGCAAGAAACACUAAAAUCCUCACUUUCAUCAGCUAUAUUGGGUGUGGAAUAUCUGCUAUUUUUUCAGCAGCAACUCUCCUGACAUAUGUUGCUUUUGAGAAAUUGCGAAGGGAUUAUCCCUCCAAAAUCUUGAUGAACCUGAGUGCAGCCCUGCUGUUCCUGAAUCUCCUCUUCCUCCUAGAUGGCUGGAUCACCUCCUUCAAUGUGGAUGGACUUUGCAUUGCUGUUGCAGCUCUGUUGCAUUUCUUCCUUCUGGCAACCUUUACCUGGAUGGGGCUAGAAGCAAUUCACAUGUACAUUGCUCUAGUUAAAGUAUUUAACACUUACAUUCACCGAUACAUUCUAAAAUUCUGCAUCAUUGGCUGGGGUUUGCCUGCCUUAGUGGUGUCAAUUGUUCUAGCAAGCAGAAACAAAAAUGAAGUCUAUGGAAAAGAAAGUUACGGGAAAGAAAAAGGUGAUGAAUUCUGUUGGAUUCAGGAUCCAGUCAUAUUUUAUGUGACCUGUGCUGGAUAUUUUGGAGUCAUGUUUUUUCUGAACAUUGCCAUGUUCAUUGUGGUAAUGGUGCAGAUCUGUGGGAGGAAUGGCAAGAGAAGCAACCGGACCCUGAGAGAAGAAGUGUUAAGGAACCUGCGCAGUGUGGUUAGCUUGACCUUUCUGUUGGGCAUGACGUGGGGUUUUGCAUUCUUUGCCUGGGGCCCCUUAAAUAUCCCCUUCAUGUACCUCUUCUCCAUCUUCAAUUCAUUACAAGGUAAGAUAAAUUAUACAUGA